AUCUUCGAUUAUCACUUUUUUUUUUAGUUGUCAUGGCAAAAACAAGAGGUUCGUCAACUUCGAAGUCAGGUCAUCAACGAGGUCGCAGUAUUCCAGUUGAUAUUCCCUCCACUUCUAAUUUACAUUUGAAUUCCAACACAAGAAAGAGAAGAGCUGAGGAAACUGACAAUGUACAACAAAGGUCUGUAAGGUUGAGAUCUACAUUCCAGACAAAAAGUAGACCUUCUCAAUUGAUCAAAUUGAUGAAGGGAUUCACUGAGAAACAAAAAAUCUCAGUGAGAGAGAUUGGUUUUGGUGGCCUUCUUGAUUUAAAGUUAUGUAGAAAUCCAUCUGCAAUGCUUGGUUGGCUUGUAGAUUGUAUUAAGGAGGAAACAUCUGCUAAUCAUUUUGGCAGUGGUUUAAUUUUGAGUACAUAUCCCGUGAGUCAGACGAUGGUUUUUGAGUAUGGUCAAGCUGUUGGGUUAAAGGUGAACAACGUUGAUAUUGGUCAACCAAGUGUAAAUGCAGAACCCUUCAGAGAUCAAACAGUGCAAGACGAAGAUAAAAUUGAGUUUCACUUGCCGUUAAAUGCAAUGCGUAAUUCUGAAAUACGCCAAGUAGCUGAGGAUGUAAGUAUGAUCUUACUUAUUUAUGUAUAA